CAGUAAUUGGCCAACCAAUGCGGAGCUGCAGUGCAGUUAACUAGGUCUCGGCAGGCAAUCUAAGCUUGGCUGGAGCCUCCGAUAAGCCGAUAUCGAGAUCACUGCAGCACAACCGCCUUCCGUUGCUUAGCUCUUUGACAGAGGCGGCAAAUCUGGACACCAUCAGAAUGCGGGCCUCGCUUUUGCGCCCAGUUGGAUCCCUUCAAUCCCCGCCGUCGAUCCUCUUCCGCGCCUUCUCUUCCGCCCAUCUUCCCCGCUUGCAUCCCGAUUCCAGCUCUGCAGCCGAGCCACAGCAAUCCGUACAACAAGAACAACAGCAACGACCACCUUCACCACCUCUAAUCUACCCCUCCGCCCCUUCCCCCCACCACACCGACCUCCCCAGCUUCCUUGCCCACGCCGCGCGCACCAACCUAGACCCCUCCUCCACCGUCUACGUCGGCACCCACUUUGAGUACACCGUCGCCGGCGCCCUCGCCCGCUUCGGCCUGUCCCUGCGCCGCGUCGGCGGCGCUUCCGACUGCGGCAUCGACCUGCUCGGCACCUGGUCCUUGCCCCCCUUUUCAGCCGAACAACAACAACAGCAGCAGCAGCGGCAGCAGCAGCUGAGGGUGCUCGCGCAGUGCAAGGCCGUGCAGCGGCCCGGGCCGCACCUCGUGCGGGAGCUGGAGGGCGCGUUCGUCGGCGCCCCGGCCGGCUGGCGCGCUGCUGCGGACCGCCGCGGCGUGCUGGGCCUGCUGGUGACGGAGCGGCCCGCCACCAGAGGGAUACGGGAGGCCCUGGCGAGGAGUCGGUGGCCGAUGGGGUAUGUGGCAUGCUCGCGGGAGGGGGUGGUUGGACAGUUUCUCUGGAAUCAGAUGGCCCAAGAGGAGGGGUUAGAGGGGUUCGGGGUGGGAAUGAGGCAUGGUGGCGCCAGGGGGAAGGAGUUGGUGUUGACGUGGAAAGGGAGAUAUCUGUCGCCUGGGGGAAGUAAUCAGGGGGCCGGAUGAAAUAAUAAUAAUAAUAAUAAUGUAAUGGCCGAAUUGACUUCGGCACCAAUGCGCGCGACCACUGCAUUGGAAGAGGAUGUCGCCUCGAGCGCGCAGGUGAGUCGGGGAAGUUGAUAACGCGCGGUUGGCAACUGACGAUUACAGUUACACCUACCUCAAGUGCAAAUACAGGACACGCCAGAACGGAGGAGGACGUUCUUAUGCAGUGCCACCAUUGCAAUUAUGGUAGCUGGUUCUGCGGCUGGGGACAACCUAGCAGUGC